AAAAAAGUCCGCUAAUUUUAAAAUUUUCAUUUCUGAGUUUUCUUUUUUUUCAAACUUUGACUUCGUCCUUUUAUUUUAUUCCAUUUUAAUUUUAUAAGAGAAUCAUUGUAAUUGUGAUUCUAAAAUUUAACUGUUAUUUUCAUUUGCAUGUGGCUGAAUUAAAUCUCGAAAUGGCACAAUUCAAUUAUUUAAAUGAAAUAAACAGUGUCCUUUCUAUGGACGGAGAACUGACGCGAGGACCAGCGCCAAGAUGGCAAAAAAAGCUGGAAUGUUCCUCAAGUAAUCUUAGUACAAGCAUGAAUACGUCCCGAUCGGUUUUAUCAAAGUCAUAUAACACCAGUUAUUCUAUGGCGCCAGUUGUGACAAAGACUCCUGGCAAAAGUUCUAGCGGUGCAGAUGGCAAAGCAAGAAAAACACCUAGCAAAACUCCAAAUAAAGGUUCGAAAACACCAUCUGGAGGAGAUCGUUUUAUACCAAACAGAAGUACCACAAAUUUCGGACUCGGGCACUACUUGAUAAAACAAGAGCAAGAAAAAAUAUCUGACGAAGAGAAUGAAAAAAACAAUAAAAUGACCCCAUCCAAAAGCGAUCAUAAGAAAUUGAUUUCAGAAUCAAUGCAAGUUGGCGACACAAAUGGGACAAGGAUUCUUUCUUAUCAAAACAAAGCCCCUCCUGCGCCUGAAUCCCAUCAGAAUCCAAAUAAAGUGGUGUAUUCAAUUAAAACACCAAUUUCUACAAAGAGUGGUUCCAGAUACAUUCCUUCAACUUCAGACCGGAUUCUUGACGCUCCUGAUAUAAUCAACGACUACUAUCUUAAUCUAUUGGACUGGAGUGUUGAUAACGUGGUUUGUGUUGCACUAGGAAAUGCAGUUUAUCUUUGGAACGCUAGCACUGGAAGUAUUGAGCAAUUGGUUGAAUUUGAAGAGGGUGAUAGCGCUUGCUCAUUGGCAUGGAUCCAGGAGGGACAUAUUUUGGCGAUCGGUAUCAGUAGUGGUGCUGUUGAGCUUUGGGAUUGCGUCAAAUCAAAGAGAUUACGUGUAAUGGAUGGACAAACGGCACGUGUUGGAUCUUUAGCAUGGAAUUCUUUCCUUGUGUCUUCUGGCAGCAGAGAUGGGUCAAUUAUUCAUCAUGAUGUUCGCCAAAGGGAUCACAGGGUUACAACACUCUUGGGUCAUACUCAGGAGGUCUGUGGUUUAAAGUGGUCAACGGAUUUCAAGUAUUUAGCAAGCGGGGGCAAUGACAAUUUAGUUAAUGUUUGGCCAGCGGCUACUGCAUCGAGUUCAACUGGUACUGAACCAAUACACAUACUCAAUCAACAUCAAGCUGCUGUUCGGGCACUAGCGUGGUGCCCUUGGUUGCCUAAUGUGCUAGCUACUGGUGGUGGUACAGCCGAUAGAUGCAUUAAGUUCUGGAACGUGAAUAAUGGCUCACUUAUAAACUCUGUUGACUCGAAAUCUCAAGUUUGCGCACUGUUAUGGUCUAAGACAUACAAGGAACUAAUUUCAGCUCAUGGGUUUGCUAAAAAUCAGUUGAGCAUCUGGAAGUACCCUUCAAUGCAGAAGCAGGCCGAGUUGACUGGACACACUUCGCGAGUUUUACAGUUGGCAAUGUCGCCAGAUGGAAGUACUGUUAUAAGUGCUGGAGCCGAUGAAACGCUAAGAUUAUGGAACUGCUUCGCAGCAGAUCCACAUCAAGCUAAAAAAUUAACCUCUGUAGCCAGCAAAGCUAAGCAAAGUGUCUUCAGACAAAGUAUUAGGUGAGCAAACACAAGUUUGGUUCAUUACGUUUUCUUUUGAAUAUUUCCAUAUUUCUUUUGUCAAUCUUAAUAAUUUUAUGAUGUUUUUUUGAUUAAAUAAAAAUAAUGACUUUUAAAAUA